GCAUAUUCACCCGGAAGAGGAGGACCGAAUAAGAUCCAAACCACGAUAAUAAUUGUUGUGGACGGUCUGUAGUGAUACACUGAAUUUCUUUGCUAAUUAGAUAUUUCAGCUUGUUACCAAACAAAUACCAGUUGAGUUAUUUCUACAGGUGGAUUUAGUUUCGUCGUGCUCACGUGAAAGAUGUCUGUCGGGCCUCCCAGUCGCUCGGCCACUGGUUGGCCGCGCGGCGGUGCCGUUCAGUUUGGGAACAAAUACAUCACCGGGCCUGCUAAACCUCUCACACUGGAGAGGACCAUCAACCUAUAUCCUCUAACCAACUAUACGUUCGGCACUAAAGAGCCUCUGUAUGAGAAGGAUAGCUCAGUGGCUGCUCGCUUCCAGCGGAUGCGGGAAGAGUUUGAUAAAAUGGGAAUGAGGAGGACCGUGGAGGGUGUUCUUAUUGUUCAUGAACACAGGCUGCCUCAUGUGUUACUCCUACAGCUGGGCACAACUUUCUUCAAACUGCCUGGGGGAGAGUUGAGUCCAGGAGAAGAUGAGGUGGAGGGUCUCAAACGCCUGAUGACUGAGAUCCUUGGGCGGCAGGAUGGUGUAAAGCAGGACUGGGUGAUCGAUGACUGUAUUGGCAACUGGUGGCGCCCCAACUUUGAGCCUCCACAGUAUCCCUAUAUUCCAGCUCACAUCACUAAACCUAAGGAGCAUAAAAAACUUUUCCUGGUUCAGUUGCAGGAAAAAGCUCUGUUUGCUGUCCCUAAAAACUACAAACUGGUGGCAGCACCUUUGUUUGAACUCUAUGAUAAUGCUCCUGGAUAUGGACCAAUCAUUUCCAGCCUACCUCAGCUACUGAGCAGGUAUUAUGUUCAACUUCAUCUAUAACUAACUUGAUUGUAAAGAAGAGCGUCCAGCUGUCUCCGUGAGUGCAGCUCUGUUUGAGUGAAGACGAGGGACAAUGUGCUGAAAAAUAUGUCCUAUCUUUGGCUCAGCUUUCACAAAAGAACAUUGUCAUGUUUCACAGGGGGUGUUUAUAAUGUUGAAAGAAAAUUGUCAUAUGUCUGUUAUUUUUUUUUAUCUUUGAAAAAAACCUGCUAGUUUUUGUAGUUUUUGGGUCUGUAAUCAGAAAGGGAUUUUAUGUCCUUUCAGUGGAGGCCGUUGUUGGAUUUAACAGAUGACAUCAUUGACUUCUUGUUGUUUUAACCUGUAAUAAUGCUCUGUUUUGUUUUCUUUUUAAUAAAGCAGUCCUUUUGA